GAGCGACCAGUCAGGAAAAAAAAGGAAAAGUAACUCAGGAAAGGGGGAAAACUCAUGGUGGUAGUGCACGGUCGGAAAAAGAGGGGGGGUCUCUAUUUUGCUAUUAAUCGGAUCGUGGAGAUUUUGUGACCACAGAGUGCACCCGAUAAGCUGUCGGCUGAGUUUCCUUUUGGAUGUUUUCAAAGUUGGAUGUGUCCUCCUGCUGCGGCGGUGAAGUGCUCGCUCAGAUUUGGACGAGACGCGGCGGCUUCAGACACCAACGCUGGAGUUUUUCGCCACUAUUUCCCUCGGCUGCUAACUUAUUUGAUACAUGUUCAACUUCACGGUGGACACUUUUACGACGCCGCCAGAAGUCCCGGUGACCGCUCUUGUGGAGUUUGAAACUGUUUCGCCGGAUCGACUGAUAUCCGCACGGACGCGGUGUCCUUUAAACACUGUGCUGUUGCGUGUUGUCAAAUUUUUCCCGAUUUUUUUUUUUUUUAGCCUUUUUACAGGCUCGUGAUUUAAAACUAAAUUCGGGGAGACUACAAGUUCACCUUGGAGGCCGAGCUCCUCGGGUUUAGUUUACCUUUGAUUUUUUUUUGUAGCCCGCGUCGGACACCAGAGGAGAAAGUUGGAGAGAGAGAGAGAGGGGACUUGUGUCAGCAAUGAAUGUUGUCGGGACGGAAACCGUUUUACUGCUACAAAGUCGUUUGUACUGACCGCCGGUUUACAACGAGACUAUUAAUGUGCUAUACAAGGCGGCCGGUUUCCCCCUAAACCACGUAAAUAUUCCAGUUUGUGGGAGAACGAGGCGCAGGGAGAGAUCUCAACGGCCGCGCUAUUAAAACUGGAUACAAAAUGGCGGCGCUCCUGGGACGAUUUGGAUACGAGUCUCGCCGUGUUUUUUAUUUAAUUUUGACAGUUGUACUGUUUAGCAGUUGUGGCUCGGCUUCGGACUCGCCGUGUGCCCUGAACUGUACCUGCAGCGGAGACUCGGUGGACUGUAGCUACCUGGAGCUGACGGCUACGCCUCUGGACCUUCCCGUCCGGACUGUUUCCUUGAACCUCGGCCACAACAAGCUGGCUGCCAUCAGCGUUGAAGCCUUUGCCAACCUCCCCAACUUGAGAGAGCUACGGCUGGACCACAAUGAGCUGACCUCCAUACCAGAUUUAGGACAAGCCGCCUCCAAGAUUGUAUCCCUCUACCUACAUCAUAAUAAAAUCCGCAGUGUGGAUGGCAGGCGGACCAGAGAGCUGGUUUCUCUUGAAACCCUUGACCUGAGCAAUAACGACAUUACUGAGCUGCGAGGGCACAGCUUCCCUGCAGGACUUCGAAUUCAAGACCUGUACCUGAGCAGCAACAAGAUCAGUGUUUUGGAGCUCGGAGCGCUGGACCACCUGGGCUCGACUCUGCAGGUUCUGAGACUGAGCCGAAACCGCAUCAGCCAGAUCCCUGUCAGAGCCUUCCAGCUCCCGAGGCUAACCCAGCUUGAGCUCAACAGGAACCGCAUCCGUCAAAUAGAGGGGCUCACCUUCCAGGGUUUGUCCAGCCUGGAGGUGCUUAAGCUGCAAAGGAACAGCAUCAGCAAACUGACUGACGGAGCCUUCUGGGACCUGGCCAAGAUGAAAGUCCUCCACCUAGACUACAACAGCCUGACGGAGGUGAACAGCGGCUCCCUGUACGGCCUGACCUCCCUCCAGCAACUGUUCCUCAGUAACAACUCCAUCGCCCGCAUCAAUCCCGAUGGAUGGAAGUUCUGCCAGAAGCUCAGGGAACUGAAUCUGUCAUACAACAACUUAACUCGUCUGGACGAAGGAAGUCUGGCUGUGCUGGGGGAUCUCCACGCCCUCCGACUGGGCCACAACUACAUCAGCCACAUCAACGAGGGAGCCUUCAGAGGCCUGAAGGCGGUGCGCGUCCUGGAGCUGGACCAUAACGACAUCUCGGGCACAAUAGAGGACACCAACGGGGCCUUCGCUGGAUUGGACAGCCUCAACAAGCUGACUCUGUUUGGAAACAAGAUCAAGUCGGUGGCCAAGAAAGCCUUCUCCGGCCUGGAGACCCUGGAACACCUGAACUUGGGCGAGAACGCAAUUCGUUCCAUCCAGCCAGAUGCCUUCAGUAAGAUGAGGAACCUCAAAAGCCUUCUCAUUCAGAGCAACAGUUUCCUGUGUGACUGCCAGCUGCACUGGCUGCCAGAGUGGUUGGUGACACGUGGCCUCCAGGCUGGUGUCAAUGCUACCUGUGCCCACCCAGAGAGCCUGAAGGGCACCAGCAUCUUUGAGGCUCCUUCCAGCAGCUUUGUGUGUGAUGACCUCCCCAAGCCCCAGAUCACGGUGCAGCCAGAAGCCACGGUGACGGUCCUCGGCAGUGACGUGCGUCUCACCUGCACGGCCGCGAGCAGCAGCUCCUCCCCCAUGUCCUUCGCCUGGCGCAAGGACCAGGAGCCGCUUCGCCACGCCGAGAUGGAGAACUACGCCCACGUGCGCGCUCACGACCAAGGCACGACGUCGGACGGGCCGGUGGCCGGAGGGGGCGUCAUGGAGUACACCACGAUCCUGCACCUGCGCCACGUUACGUUUGCCCACGAGGGACGUUACCAGUGCAUCAUCACCAACCACUUUGGUUCCACCUACUCCAGCAAAGCCCGCGUCAUUGUCAACGUCCUCCCGUCCUUCGUGAAGACUCCCAGAGACAGCACCAUCCGAACGGGCAACACCGCCAGGCUGGAGUGCGCCGCCGAGGGCCACCCCUCGCCUCAGAUCGCCUGGCAGAAGGACGGCGGCACGGACUUCCCCGCCGCCCGCGAGCGCCGCAUGCACGUCAUGCCCGACGACGACGUCUUCUUCAUCAUGGACGUGAAGCCGGAGGACAUGGGCGUGUACAGCUGCACCGCCAAAAACACGGCGGGCACCGUCUCCGCUAACGCCACCCUCACGGUCUUGGAAACACCUCGCCUGGCCCAGCUUCUGGUGGACCACAACGUGGCGGUCGGGGACACGGUGGCCCUGCAGUGCAAAGCUCAGGGCAGCCCGCCUCCCCGCAUCACCUGGCUGCGCAACGACCAGCCGCUGCGGCCCUCCGACAGAUACCACUUCACGCCCGGGAACCAGCUGCUGGUGAUCGGCUCGGCGUCGCUGGAGGACGCUGGCCGCUACACCUGCCUCAUGUCCAACACGGUGGGCACGGAGCGCGCCCACAGCCAGCUGGUGGUCACCCAGCGCAAGAGCUCCUGCGUGCCGGCUCCGGGCCUGAGCACCGUCACCAUCGGGAUCAUCGUCAUCGCCGUGGUCACGAGCAUCGUGGUGACGUCACUGGUGUGGGUGUGCAUCAUCUACCAGACCAGGAAGAAGAGCGAGGAGUGCAGCGUCACCAACACAGAUGAGACUAUUGUUCCUCCAGACGUCCCCAGCUACCUGUCCUCCCAGGGCACUCUGUCCGAGCGACAGGACGUGUGCAUCCGCGUGGAGGCCGGCGGCGGCCCUCAGCCCAACGGACACGUCGUCGACACAACAGGUUUCGACGGCGCAGUAGUGUGCAGUGAUUGCAUGGAGAGCGGCUACUCCAAAGAUCCCAACUACCUGGCCCACGAUUUCGCCGGAGGCAUGGAGUACCAGCAGCACUACGUGCCCCCGCCUUACUCCCACUGUCACCCGGGGGAGCAGUACGACGCGGGGUCGCACGCGACGACCCCGCUCUGCAACGGGACCCCCAACGGGAUCCGAAAGGACAUUCAAGGAUCCGCGUAUCCGAAAAACCACAACACGAUACAGCUGAACCAACACGAUAGAAAAGCGAACAGAGCGGGACAGACUCCAUCUUUGCCGCAGGAAGAUUCCUUCCACAAGCCGGUGAAGCUGACGAGCCGCGGGCUCCUCGACACGGACUGUGAGCCCGAGCUCAGGCAGAGCCUGCUGUCCAACGGACACGCCCUCAGAGCCUCUCAGAAUGAGAGCGCCCCUCUGAGGAGAGCCAGCGACUAGCAGGCUCUGAAUCCUGCCCCGAAACGUGGACUUUAUUCUUUUGCACUGGGAAAUAAACUGCUACCUCAUAUCGAGGCGUACGGCCCUGAGCCUCCCGCACCUGGACCGACGAGGGGAAGCGCCAGGACGGGGGGGAAAAAGUAAAGGGGCAUCCGGAGUUUGAAGGCGGAAGCUUGUGUGGGCGGCGUCCCAUCCGAGCGUUAUCAGCUGUACAUAGUUAAAAACCUUCGUUUGGGAGGUGACCAGUAAAAAGAAAUCUAGCUCCAAAAAAAUGUGACUUGCAUUUGAAGCAUGUAAAUGUAGGGAAUCUUGUACAGUGUAUGUUUGUGCAGGGGAAAAAAAAAGAGAAAUAUACCUUUGGACAUUUGACUGUACAUAAGAGUUUUCUUAUAUGAUAUAUUAUAUAACUUUUACAAGAGAGUGUUUGAAUAUAUGUGCAUGACAAAAGAAAAGGAGUGACGGUAUUUUUAUUUUUCAAAAAAACAGCCUUUUUCAGCUUCUACCAACAUUCAGCUGCGGUGCCUUAUUGCAUGAUCAAAGAAAACUCAAACUGUUAAUAGCGUAUAUCAAGAGACUUGUUUUGUGAGAGAUACUGGUACACUUUUAUAGCAAACAAAACACUUGAUUGCACUUGAAUGUUUUUUUUGUUUGUUUGUUUGUUUGUUUGUUUGGACAAACGCUGCCAGCUAUGGCCUUACAGAAACACGGUUCACAAGCAUUGUAUGAAGGAAGAGCUUUGAUGUGAAUUAUUUUGGUACGUCGGAGGCGGGGGAAUGUGACGGUUAAAGCACUUUUUAUACUCUCUUCACGAGCAGGCAGAUCGAUAGGAACGCGGGGGAACCUCCUCGCGCGAUUUGACGCGGUAACGUCAACGGUACGCACCAUUAAGGCUCUUCCACCUGCUUCACAACAAACACUUCAUGUUACUGCAAAGCUGCUCUGAUCUUCUCUCAUUUCUUCACGUGUCCCAGAAAGCGACUUUAGGCACGAGUCCGCAUCCAGUCCAAAAAAAAAGCCAGUUCGCGUGCCAUUUUAAAUUGUCUGAAUGCCUGAAACCUAUGAAUUUGAGACGGAGAAUGAUGUUGUGUCAUUGUGUUACUGCUGUAAUCUGCGCUCGGGAGCAAAUGGCCAGUAUUCCAGCUCAGCUACACUACGUCACCACCGAGACAGGCUUGUGAAAUGUGCUCUAAACCAAACGUGGGAGGGCUCACGAGGGCAGGCCGCUCCCUGGAUACACUGGGUUAGAAAUCUCUCUAAUGUGUGCGUGUGUUUUCCCCCAAACCGAUCUGUGCUCUGUGACCAGCGGCCUUACGGAGGUAAGCGGGGAGGGAGGCGGGAGGCGGGAGGGGGGCACGCUGCUCUGGUUUACACCUGUCGGAGACGAUCCUGCUGGAAAAAACCAAGCCCGGCACAGCAGGCGAAAGGGACGAGAGAAAGAGAAAGAGAGAGAGAGAGGGUUCGGAGUAAUUUAUUUGAAACAAACUGUCUGAAACCGUUUUACCAAUGUCAAAGCUAAAACAGUGAAGUGUCUAACAUGGCAUUGAAGUGUAAUAAAAUCACAUUUUGGUAUCAUUA